CGGCGCGCGAUCGCGGCGCGGGUCAGAGUGGAAGCUGCGGUCAUCCGGUGCGGAGGCAACCGCUCAGUCUCGACCGCUCUUUUUCCGACUGGCGCCCGUGGGAGGACGACAGCGUCAGCUUCUUCACCCUCUUCAUCUUCACGACGAUCGCGAGUCUCCAAGACAGUGAGGUGUAAAGCGCCGACUCGAAGUGCACGUCAUCGUGAACAUCCGCAUUAUUCGUGGCAAUUUUCCCGGCAGAAAAAAAAAUAGAGAGAGAGACUAACCGCAAGUCCCAUCGUCUGAUGUGUCCAUGCUGUUACUGCUGCUCCAUACCUAGAGGAAAGAACGCUGUCGAUUACUUUUAAAGAUUUGACCCGUCACGCUCGCUUCGGAAGAACGGGGUGUGAGAACCACCGUUGCGGUGAUCUGUAAUUAUGAAGCCCCGGACAUGCCGUUCAUCAAGUGAGAUACACGUUUACAAAGCCUGAAGAAGAUUAUAAACAGUGCAAUCUCCCACAUCCCGCGAAAGAGUUCCUCAGUUUUGGAGAUAAUUGGAGCAACACUUGUACGUUCGCGAGCGCUUCGGAAUAUUUACCCGCAGCCGCGUUUUUUACAACCAGCUUCUCGAGGAUGAACACGCUGCCGGACGCAAGACGCAACUGAAAGCCGAGCGCAUCUGCUCAAAACGAAGUAGAAUUGCAAAUGACACAUGUGUUUCCAUAUGUAAGCGAAUCGCGCACCGAAGCGUGAAUACACAAGAGUUGUCAUUGUGCGUUGGCAGAGAGCCUGAAGUUUUAGUUCGCGUGUCGCAACGAGCAAGUUCAGAACUAACUCGGCGUUGGGGAACUAAUCGAACCAAACUGCUAUGAGCUUUCACUUACCGGCUACAUGCGGUAAAACUGUCUGUCCCGGAGUGUAAUAUACCAGGACUGUACGACGAUGAAGUGUUCACGGUGUGCGAAGCCGGCUGACUUUUGGUAAGCCCGGGAGGCACCUCGCUUGUUGGAUCGUUUCAGUUUGCCGCCGUAUGCGUUCCUAAUCCGCCUCGUACACCCCAGUGUAUUUCUGCACAUAUUGGCGAGAAAAAAAUUCACACAUUGGUUCUUUCUGCAUUUGUGUGGAACAAAUUCCGCCAGCUUAAAAAUUCGAGCUGGAAACUUUGUGCGUCUCUUGAGGCACAUGUGCGAUACGGUGUCACCUGGCCAAGGCCUCAGAGCAAGUCCGCGCCUUCUGCUGCACUGUUUCCACCUGCUGUUCCUGUUCUAUGCGCCCUGUUCUGUGACGUCAUCGCAGAAAAUGGCUGAAGGAGCAAUUACGACCGGCUAUGUUCAGCAGUCGGUCGGAAAUGUGUCCGUUCCUGAAGCGAACAACGUGAGCGUCGGCUCCGAGAACAUGGCGCUUCCACAACCGGAAGUCGCUGUGCUGUCAUACGCUUCCGGGGAAGAGUCGCACAGCGUGAACGCGUCUUCCCUCUUCGUUACCCUGGGGUCUACUGCCGCUCUUCAAUGACUCUUCAGUUUUUCUACCGAGGCCAUCCGCAGCCGAGAUACAGUGUCACAUGUCGGACGUGAACCGAAGCGCAGAGGUGAAAGUGGAUACUGUGCUAAGCUGCCUGCCAACCUGGGACGGGCUGUCGUGCUGGCCUCGGACGCCAGCCGCGCACACAUCUUCCAUUCCGUGCUUCGCUACUCUCAAUGGAGUCCACUACGACACAACACAAAACGCGUCACGCUUCUGCUCGACCGCGGGCGUCUGGGCCAGCAAAUCGGAUUACUCCCAUUGUGUUCCACUCUUCGAAGUUGAAAGGCCAAUAGAUGGAACUACUCUCUACUACAUAGGAUAUGGAAUGUCCCUGUGUGCCCUCAGCAUCGCCUUGUGGAUCUUCCUCUACUACAAGGAGCUCCGGUGCCUACGGAACACUAUCCAUGUCAACCUCAUGGUCACCUACUUCCUCAUUUCCAUUACUUGGAUGACGACAGCAACGCUGCAGUCUGUUCCUUCACCUGCGUACCAUAAGAGUGCCUGUUUCAUGUACGUGGUGCUCACAUACCUCAUGGGAACCAACUUCUUCUGGAUGUUCGUUGAGGGCCUCUACCUGUUUAUCUUGGUCGUCAAGACUUUCUCCGUGGAGAUGGUUCGUGCUCACGUCUACGCAGCAAUUGGUUGGGGAAUACCUCUAGUCGUCGUGUCAGUGUGGGCGAUCACCAAGGCAUACCUCAGCCCCAACCACAAUGAUCCAAACUUGUCUGGAGGGAUGUGCAUAUGGCAGCUCAAGGACAUCUACGACCUCAUAUUCAUCGGACCCGUGAUCCUGGUCCUACUCACAAAUAUAUUCUUCCUGAGCCACAUCAUGUGGGUGCUGAUCACCAAGCUCCGCGCUGCAACAUCGGUCGAAUCACAGCAGUACCGGAAAGCGGCUAAGGCACUGCUUGUGUUGAUCCCCCUGCUGGGCGUCAGCUACAUUCUGGUGAUGUGGACGCCCCAGCACAAGACUGCCAGGGUCAUCUUCACCUACCUCCAAAUAACACUGCUCUCCACGCAGGGUUUCACAGUCGCCGUGCUGUACUGCUUCCUGAAUGGCGAGGUCCGCAACUCUGUGCGUCACCACCUGGAGCGGUGGAAAACGAUGCGGGCCCUUCGUCGCGGGAGCGACCGCUGCCGCCAGGCACUGGGCUACGGCCGCGCGCACAAGCCGCUGGCCACGCAGCGGGGAAGCUGCGUCAGUUUCACCACCAGCACGACCACAUCGUGCCUGCCGUCGACGGGCAGCCGCUUCCCGUCGCAGCAGAACAAGCGACCCAGCAACGGCUCUUACGCGCAGCUACCCUUCACCGAUAACCCUGUUUAAGCGGCAUGGAGGAUUCUGACUCGCUGCUGUUGCCAAAUUCUCGGAGGAGCUUAUCUGCGCUAGUUGGUUUGUAUUCGUUGUGACAAAAUGAUGCGAACCACAGGGCCGGUGAAACAGACAAGGCGAUGCCGCUGUCUGAUUAACUUUUCAUUUUGUAAGUAUUUGAGAGAGAUGAGGGCUUGGAUCAGUUCUUACGAUCAGCUUUAUUGUGUUUACGUGAGUGCUUAGAGGGAAUGAUGAGAAAAAUGGAAAAGAAAAGCAAUGAAGGAGCCCUUAUCUAAAAUUCAAGUUUACGUUUAAAAUCUAUUGAAGCCUGAGCGUUCCCUGAAGAAGCAGCCACAACAAGCUGCUGGUUUGGUAAUAUUUUGCCCUCUCUUGACAUAAGGUACGCGUGAAAUUCGCCAAAUGAAAAGCGGUUGAAGGUAUGAUGAGUUGGUCGAUAAGAGGCUCCGAUGGCAAGUUUUGUUCGCUCACUUUAGGCGAGAGGGGCAGAGCUUUAUCAUGGUCAGCAGAGGUCUACAAGCCUUCAGGUUGCGCCGACCAAUCCACGUGGUCGCGAGCUCGCUUCUCACGCCGACCGCCUAGGCCCGCCUGAGUGCGCAGAGUUGUAUCUCCGGGUCAGAGACAAGCAGCAGUGCUUCCCAAGUCCCCGCGACCAGCUAUACCGUCAAGUCCUGUGGA